AGAUAAAAUUAUUAUGUGCAGUGUAAUGCUAUCUCAGAAAAAUUCAGAAAAAAUUUAAAUAAUAGUAUAUUUUAAUUAAUUGAGUGCUUUAUUUAAACAUUUUAUUCUAUUCAAAUCUUUUAAGAUGAUGCUAAUUUUAUUCGUCACUUUAUUAUCUUCCUGUUUUGUUAUUGUACCAGAAAUACAUGGAGCAGAUAGCAAAAGUGUACAUGAAGCAGGUAGCACAAAUGCUUCUGUUCCAUCACUGACCGAAGCUCCGUCGGCUAAUCAAUUACAUGGAGCAGAUAGCACAAGUGCUAAUCAGAAAGCUGGUAAUCAGGAGGAAAAAUGUGUCCAAUGCAACACCCAAGAUGGAGCAUUUGAUACAUGUUCCUCAAUACAAACGGACUCAUGUGAUCAUAAACUUUGUUAUAUGUGUUAUCUCAUAAACCGAAAAGACAAUGUAAAAUUCUGUCCAGACUGUAAAUUUUGUUUAUUGGGAUAUAAAGCUUAUAAAUCGUAAUCAGAUAUAUAAAUAAUAAUUAAAUAAGUAAAAUAUAAUAAAUAAUAUCAUUAUACAAUGAUGUUUUUCAUUAACGAAAAUUCUCAAAUCUUUCUAAACAUAUAAGUAUCUUAAUCAAAAAUCAAUCACGCAGGAAAUCAUGAAUAUGAACACAAUCGUAAUUUGGAUUAAGUUGUUCUAGAACACAAAUCUAAUAAGAAGUCUCGUGUAAAAUAUUUUUAUUAAUAUAACUCGGAGAUUGUGGUACCCAUUUGUUUUUGUUCCCCGGUUUUAUAUUUAGGAGUAAUUGAAGAUUUAAGUAUAUCACAUGUACCAAAAUGAAUACAUAACAUUAUAGUUUUAUAAAUUGUAUGUUAUUAUAUGCUAAUAUAUUCAUUAGAGUGGCCUUUAUUUAUAGGACAAAAAAAUUGUUAAUUUUUAAAAAUAAUAAUGCUUAAUAUUGUUCAAAUAUAAGUUGAGAUCUAAAUAUAUUAUAGUUAACCGGUAACGUAAAAAAGUAAAAAUUUUGA